ACAUAGUUUUUAUUAAAAGAUUUAAGGCACACAUUUUUUUGAUGCCGAACGAGGCGAUAGUGUACUCUGGACCCUACGAAGUUGGACGACUUAGGCGUCGCAGGGACCGACGGGUGGAGGAGUACCUCUUCAGGCGCUCCAUUCGCACCCAUAUCGCGAUGCCCGACAUGACCCCGUGCCGCAUAGCCAAACUGGUGCUCUACUUCAUCGUCUUCUUUGUGUUGCUCGCGUCUUUCACAGGCGGGAUGGCCCUGCUGGUAAUGGCAUACCGAAUUCCCCCUGAUAUGCCGGGUUCCAAAAAGUUCCCCGGCCUUUGCUCAGUGCCUGGAAAGUGGAUAGGCGACGUGAAGCAUAUCAUGUGGAGCGAUGAGAACCAGAGUGAGUUGGGCGCCAUUCGGCGACAGAUGUCGCGAACGGUGGAUCGGUAUGGCCUCGAAGGCCAAAGGCGCCUGAUGUCCUGCAACCUGGACGACUCCUGGGGCUAUGCCACUGGCAAGCCCUGCAUCCUGCUAAAGCUCACCCAGGCACUGGGCUUCGAGGCGAUUACCUAUGACCACGGCAUCACUCUGCCCGAUCACGCGCCGGAUGAGCUGUACAACUACUUGUCGGAUCUGGGCUUGGAGGCACGGAUGAACCGCAUCUGGGUGCACUGCCAUUAUAAGAAGGAGGAGGGAUUGGAAAUUCAGAUUGAAUAUGUGCCGGAUCGCUAUUUCGACGCGGAAUAUCUGUUCACCACGCAGAAUGUCUUUCUAAAUCUCUCGUCGGAGGACGAGACCAGUACUUACACAGAGGAUCCCGGCCUAAGGCGGAUCAUCGGCGUCCAGUUCAAGAACAUACCGUCCAACACGGACAUCUUCAUUAAGUGUGAGGUGUGGGCCAAGAACAUCCCGCUCUACAUGGGGUCCGUCAGAUUUCAUGUUCGCCGGACGGCACCUGUUCACCCAACCACUCCAUUGUUACUAGACGAGUGGUACGAAUGAACCUAUCAACAAUCCUGUUUUGAUUUCAUAUGAUGUAACGAAUCACAAAGAUAUAAAUAAACUAAUAGU